AGAGCUAAGAUGCUAGGGCGUUAGUAGGUACAAUUUAAAGAGUUGUAGAACCCGUUUCCACUGAUACAACCGUGACGAAUACUUAAUUAUCUGCCUGCACGUUUGUUUAAACGACCAGAAAAUGGCUGCAAUUUCGUCUGUUAAUGUGUUUCUGGUCGUUUCGACGUGAUUAACACUAGUGCUAACGUUAGCUUGUUAGCAAUCCUGGUUGUUUACUGCAGCAGUCCAACUAUUGUGACUCCACUCGGAUUUUUCCCUGCAUGUUCACCACGCUCAUAUAAGGAGGCUCUCACGUCUACAAGAUGUUCCUGGUGGGGCUGACGGGAGGCAUUUCCUCAGGGAAAAGCACAGUGUCUUCGAUGCUGCGGGAGCUCGGGUGCCCAGUUAUAGAUGCCGAUGUUGUUGCGAGAAAAGUUGUGGAGCCACAUACUCCUGCUUACACUCGCAUCGUCUACCACUUUGGGCCCGACAUCCUACUUGAGAACGGGGAGAUCGACAGGCAGAAGCUCGGUCAGCUCAUCUUUACCAAUGAGGAGAAGAGGAAGCUGCUCAAUUCCAUCACCCACCCGGAGAUCCACAAAGCAAUGCUCAAACAGAUCCUGUUCUUCUUUCUCAGAGGAUAUCGCUACGUAGUGCUGGAUGUGCCUCUUCUCUUUGAAACCAGACGUCUCACUCAGUUUCUAAAUCACACUGUAGUGGUUUACUGUGACCCUGCCACUCAACUAUCACGCCUGAUGCAGAGGGACGGCCUGACCCAGGAACAGGCCGAGCAGCGUGUGGCUGCACAGAUGCCGCUCAAUGAAAAGCGCGGCUUGGCCAAUCAUGUCAUCGAGAAUUCAGGCAGCCGAGAGGACACCCACCGACAGGUCCUGCGGCUGCACACAAAGCUGGAGGACUCUAUGGACUUCCUGUUAGUGCGGGUCAUGGCUAUUGGUGCCACCGCUGGUCUGAGUGGGGUACUGCUCUAUGCAGCUAAGAUCCUUUUGUCCUAACAGAUGAAAGAUGUGAAAGGGUUUGGUUCAAUCCGUGAGAGAAGACUAGGGUGUGAAUGGAAGCAGGCAGGUCACAAGCAACAAUGCAAACUACUGUGAGAUUAGUUUCCUAGCGCUCACCACUGCAGUCUGCUGUUGGUAUUUGACACAAACUCACUUUUGUUUUUGUGUGAAGGGUUUCUAUGUGCAAUUUUACUGUGAGACACUAAAAUAUGAACCGUAGAGGCUCAGUCACUGUAAAAGCUCAGCUGUAAGAGAGAGGCUCUCAAUAGUGAUGGAAGAUUGCAGCGAAAACUGGUGAAUUUAAUGCAGCCCUUAUUAACUAAUAUAUGUAUCGCCAUUACCAUGUAAUAGACUGUAGAAUCUAUGAGGCUUUGUUUUACUCUGUAUGGCAUUACUUAUAUUCAACAUAAUGGGUGAUUGCAUAGAUUUAAGAUUUAAUUUAAAAGAAAAUGGCCACAGAGGAAAAAAGGAACAAAUAAAGGCUAUUAUUCACUUAUCUUUAUUUACUUUGCACCAACACUCACUUUAUUUUGGACGACAGGAGGACACUGUUAUCUCAGACACUGAUUCAUUUAAAUUGCAAUGUAAUGAUUGUAUGUUAGUGACCUCUAUAAUGAAGAUACACUGUAUAAUUGAAUGUGUUUGACAAUCCGUUUUUGAUGGGAACUGUAUGAAUUGACACAAAUGAACAGACUCACUCACUGUAUUUUCUUACACUUGAAUGUGUCUUCUGUAAAUGUACUACAACUGUGAUGUUUUUCUUUUUUUGUCCUCAGUGAACACUCACCUGUAACAUUUCUAAUGUUAGCUGCUGAACAUAAAUAUAAAACAAUGAUCCAUCACCUCUGUUUAAAAGGAAACCACAGUUACAUUAUUUCAUUUCUUGUCGUCACUGAAAGACGUUCUAUUUGUUUCACAUUUAUUAACCUUUUAAUUCUGGAUUAAAUCAAAGAUAAUCUAGAGAACUGGGUGCAACACUA